GAGGAAAUGAAGGAUAAAACUUCCGAUAUUAUAGGUAUACCGAAAUCGGCGGUAUACAGAGUAUUAAAGGAAUAUACUAAAACCGACACGGUCAAGCCGGCGGCGACACCGAAGAAGCUAUUAUUAAGAGUAGAUAAGAUAGACGAUUUUGUCAUGUCCUGUAUAAGACGAAUUGUGCAUAGUUUUUUCCUAAAAGAUGAACUACCAACAGCAAAAAAAGUGUUACAUGUUGUGAAUGCCGACGAAUCUUUACCUAAUAUGGGCUUGACGUCAUUAAAAAAGGUAUUGAAACAUUUGAAGUUUAGAUACGUGAAGGGAAGGAAAUACAACUCUGAAUAGAUUGCUGAUUGCUUUGAUAGGAAUGACAUAGCGGUUUGCGUAUAAAAUACUUAAAAACUAUGAAAACUUAACGAGAGCAAAAACGACCAAUAUAAGUACUAUUUGGAUGAAACUUGGGUGAAUGCAGGUACAGUCAUAGCACAUACUUGAUUUAUAUUUCUUUUCUGGACACACUGUAGGCAAAGUAUAGGACCAUACGACCAUUAAGUCACGGAAACGUGCAAUUUUAGAGGGCUUAUCAACGGGUGCCAAACCCCAGCUAAACAUUAUAUUUGGCGCCAAAAAUUUGCUAUUUUGUUUUUAAAAUUCUGAUUUACCCAGUGUCACUAUCACAGUAUAUACGAAUCUAACGACACCUCUCAAGCGAAAAUCCAUCAAGCCGUUCAGGCUGCACAGCGUGCCAAAGAAUUCUACAUACAUACACUGACUAUAAGAAUAUACAACAUAACCCUCCUUCUGGCGCAGUCGGGUAAAAAGCUAUCCCUGGGUACUUACCUAUAUUAAGUCGAUGAUAUUAUUUACAAAGCUAACUCAAAUUUUAAACUACCGUUUUUAAUAUUCGUACUUAUAAAAAAAUGUUUUUAACCACAGCCAGUAGGCCCAUAUUAUAGGUACGAAAUUUUUCGUGCUCCGCAUCCGUACUUUAACAAUAUGGUAGAUUUAUUCAAUCUUUCAAUCAAGAGACUUUUUGGCGGGAAGUCAAACAGGCGGGAACAAGCGGGUGUUUUAAAUUAUUGCGAUUUUUCAAUAUUUCUUAAUUAUUGUAUAUAUUUGUUUUUCCUCUUUCUGUAAAUAGGAAAUUAGUAACAUUUUAUAAAUAAUACUAUUAAAGGCACGUAAGUCUAGCGCUGGCCGAUACGUGAAGGGGAUUGCUGCGCAUGUGUACUGUGGUGCGGGGGCCGGAAUGCGACUGGAGAGACAAUCGACGCUCUUCAUUCCGCUAGCCCCCCUCAGAUACCUUAUUUUUUACUUCUGCGCAAAAACGGUCAGCGCUAGAGUUUCGUGCCACUACUAACAAUAAUGGGUGAAAACAGCGCCGAGUACAGCUACCGGUGUUAAAAACGCCAGGAAAAGAAAAUUAGAGUCGACUAAUGAAAAUAUAAAGUGUUCACCAAACCGAACUAUAAAAGACAAUUUCCAGACAACCAUAGCACGGACUGUGUGGUUUAUGUGGAAUCACAAGAAAAUGAAAAGAAGUUAGGGAACAAAAACCCCAUCACACUAAUUAAUUACGGACAAUGUUAAAGGAAUAGUGGGAGUUCACCGAGUGCUCACGAUUUCGUGAGCCUGUGAUGCCUAUUUAGGCAUCACUUUCAAACAACCAGCUCCGGCUAAUAAUUUCUUAAACAUGGACAGUUUUCUAGGGCGACACAAGUUAAAAGCUUUGUUCUAGCUCACCUGACCGAAACUAUGGGCAUCAUACGAUAUGUGCCCAAGGAGCUAGCGAAUGCGGAAAUAUACAAGAACAUUAUAUGCGUCACGGAAGUGAUUAAAAGGUUCAAGAAAAAAGUUGACAUUAUCAUUAAACUGGUCCCGCUUGGCACAGUUUCAGUGACUUUUGCUGCCACAAUAUGCCGAAAUUUUAUGUAUUAAUUGUAAUGGUAAUCAUUUAGCAAUCUCCAGGGAUUGCCCCAUUAAAAAGAAGAAAAUGGAGGAGAAAAAGAAUAAAUAUCUCAAUCUAAACCCCCCCGAUAGCCCCUAAAUACUUUCCGGCUAUUACAAAGCCAAGCAAUAAUCAAAAAUAAAAAAUAGAUAAUAAAAAAAGCAAAUCUGUGUAGCUGUGUAGAAACAUCUAUGGGCAAAUUGCACAUUCAUUGUGUAUAUUGCCCUCACAAUAAUGAUUAUAAUAGGUUUAAUAUUCACACAAUAUUUACUUGAAGUACCUAAGCCAUAUAUAAUAAUGGGAGAUCUAAAUGCACAUCAUAUAGUUUUUGGAUGUCAAUUAAAUAAUAGUAGAGGCAAUAUUUUGUACAAUCUCAUGGUUAAAAAAGACUUGUGUAUUUUGAAUGAUGGGAGUGCUACUACUGUUCAAAUUCCAAAUAGAAAUGCAUCUGCUAUUGAUGUAACUUUAGUUAAGCCAUCAAUAGCUCGUCUUUGUGAAUGGCGAAAUUCAUGAUGAUCCAAUGGGCAGCUACCAUUAUCCAACUCAGGUUGUUGUCAAUAUAAAUCCAUCCCUAUAUGAAGUCCGGCCUGUGGAAGAAAAAUACAUAUAUAGUAAGGCUGAUUGGAAUGAAUAUUAUAAAUUAUCUCAAACAUCUUUUUGUCAGUUGGACACCGAAAAUACAGAACCAAUUUAAUUGCUUAAUGCAAUAAUUUUAUAAAUAUUUUGUGUGAUAUCAGAUCAAAAACAUUACCUAAACAAAAGUCUAGGCAAACUGUGAAAGUCAUGAGGAAACCUGUUCUCUGGUGGAACAAAACAUGUAAUGAUGCGGUCCAAAGAAGCCCAGAUACAGUAUAGAGCUUCACCUAGCAUUUCUAACUAUAUAGAGUACAAAAAGACAGAUGCUCAAAGGAAAAGAUGACUUAAAGAAGAGAUAAUUAAUUUGUGGCACAACUUAUGUAGUAGUUUCAAUAGAAUGACACCUGUUUGUAGAAUAUGGGGUUAUAUCAAAAGGUUCAAGAGAAUAGGUUCAUGUCAUGAUAGAUUUUUCAGCCUUCAUUCCUAGAUAAUAUCACUGAAUCAAAUCAAAUUAAUUUAAACACAGUGGAAUUUUAAAUCAUUCAUCUGAAUAUAAGUUACUCUUUUCUGAAUAAGCCAUUUACAUUAACUGAACUGUUCAUAUCCCUCAAAAGCAGAAAAAAUACAAUACCAGGAUAAGACAAUAUACCAUAUAUAUUUUGAUUAAAAUACUACAUCCUAAAGCUAUAGAAAUCUUAUUAAAUAUUUAUAAUAUACUAUGGGAAAACCUGUUAAUACCUGAUUCCUGGAAAACUCAGUGCAUCAUUCCCAUUUUAAAGCCAAAUAAAACUGUGAAUAAUCCUUCAUCACAUACACCCAUUUCAUUAUCAUCAUGUUUAGGUAAACUCUUUGAAAACAUGCUAAAGAUAAGAUUAGAUUACUUUGCUGAAUCAGAAGGAAAGUUACCAGAUAUUCAGUUUGGAUUCAGGAAACUUAGAAGUUGCUCUGAAAGCUUAGUAUCUUUCAUUGCUGAUAUCAAAAAAGCUAAGAUUAGUCACUAUAAUAAUGUAUGCGUCUUUUUAGAUGUUAAAGGUGCAUUUGAUAAUGUUGAUAUUGAGACCCUAAUCAAAGUUUUACAUAAAUUGUGUACCAGGAAAAAUUCUAAAUUGGAUUUUUAAUUUCUUGCACAACAGGACUUUAUAUGUUAAAUUUAAUAAUAAGUUACAUGGUCCUAAACAGGCCAAUAAAGGAACAAUGCAAGGUAUGAUUUUGUCACUGUUGUUGUAUAACUUGUAUACAUCACAAAUACUGGAUCAUGUAAAUAUACCCCAGGUUAAAAUAUAAACUACAUACUUAUUACGGAUUUUUUUUUAAAUUCGUAGAAACAGUAUAGCUCCAUUUGCACAGACUACUGUAAAUAUUUCCUAUAACAAUAAUAAAAUCCCUAUAGUUAAUCACCAUAAAUUUCUUGGUGGUCAUCCACUACUAAGUGGAUGACAAACUAAAAUUUGAUAAACACAUUCAGUACAUAUGUCUAAAUGCCAUGAACCAUGUAAUGCCAACUAUCGCCCAAUAGCUAAAACCUCCUUGUUCUCCAAAAUAAUGGUAUCCAUUGUUAAUAGCUAUAAGUAUCUAGAGGAUCGCCAGCUGAUAAGUGAUUCUCAGUACGGCUUUAGUCGUGGUCGUUCGGCUGGUGACCUUCUUGUAUAACUUACGCAUAGAUGGGCGAAGGCAAUUGAGUCCAAGGGGGCGCUAGCGGUUAGUUUGGACAUAGCAAAGCCUUCGAUCGCGUGUGGCACAAAGCACUGCUCUCGAAGCUUCCAGCCUAUGGGCUUCUCGAGAAAUUAUGCGAUUGGAUUUCCAGCUUUCUAGCCAAUCAGAGCAUCAAGGUCGUCAUCGACGGAGCAUGUUCUGAAGUCGGAACUCUACUGCGUGGAGUCUCAGACUGGCGCAGACUAAACUUAGUCCAAUUUAACGCCAAAAGGCACAAGUUUGCGCGUUUUCCGCUAAUAAAACACCUUUUGUCGCUACUCCUCCUUUUGAAAACACUUAUCUUAAAGUCACAGCCAGCAUUGUAUUCCAAUUUGGCGUUGACAUAUCGAACGACGCUCAGUUUUGCGGUCACUUGGAGGAAAAGGUUAAAUUAGCCUCCUAAAAGAUAAAUGUGCUCAGCAAGUUGAGGCGGUACUUCACUCCGGGCCACCGCUUGUAACGCAAAUUCGGCCCCAGAUGAAGUACUGUGAGCCUUGGUCUAGUUCUGACAAUUUGAAGGCGGUUAAGUUCUUCAUUAAACAUAUUUGUGACUAUUAUAUUUGGUCGGAUUUUUAUUAACCACAAAGUAAUUAUGAAAAAAACACUCGUUGUUUUACCUACUCUACCCUGUUCAUUUCACUCUUUAAAAAAAGUACGUAGAUCUACGAACUUUUCCUAUAACAUUAUUACUAAAUCUACGUAAUUUUAUAAUCUGGCCUACGAAAUUUUCAAAAUCGGAGUUGGCAAUACUGCCUCACGGUCUAGAGCUAGAGUCUCGUCAGUUCAGUAGUCAGGUAAGUCAGUAAGCAGGGUUGCCAUACCUAAUUCAUCCAAAUCCCCAAAAAUCAUAGAGAUGUGAAAUUACCGGUAUUUUAAUUUUUCGUCAGGAGACCGUCAUAAGUACUUGAGCCAUACUUAAUAAUUCAAAUAAACGAUGAAAUAUUUUCCAAUGAGAAUAUGAUGUCAAAAUCCCCGCAUUUUGCCCACAUAAUGCCAAUCCCCAACCACCUUAAAAUUCCCCGCAGUUUGGGAAAUUCCCCACAGAUAGGCAACACUUUCAGGAAGUCAGUAAUCACUAGUAUUUCAGAUAUUUUAAGUCUUUCCCCUUGCACGUUUUGGUGUGGUGACAUCGUUACACGAAUUAAGUAAGUUUAUAUGAAAAACUUAAUUCUUUGGAUAAUUCUCAUAGUUUAAUAGCUAUAUUUCUUUGGAUCAAAAUAGAAUAUUCUAAUAUCAGAAUAAUAUAAAACAUGUCGGACUGGGAAUCUGAUUGUGACGAUUACUAUUCAACUCUAUCACAAAAUAGAACACCGCCUCAACAAAAUUUCCAAUCGAGAGGAAGUUAUUCUGGCCAAAGCCAAAGAGGCGGUCAGUAUUCUAGAAAUAUCACUACAGCACGUGGUAGAGGGUAUUUUCGUGGUAAUAACAAAGUCAUAUCAAUACCCUCAACUAAAGUUGGGCGAGUGAUAGGUCGAGGAGGAUUAAAAAUUCGCGAUUUAGAAUAUGAGAGUGAAGCGAGGAUAAAAAUUGGUAAUUCAGCAGGUGACAACACAGAUAUCACACUAUUUGGAACUAAUUCUGCGAUUGAAAAAGUUGAACAAAUGAUUAAGGAUCUUACUAUAGAUAAAGAGGCGUCAAAAAAGCAGAAUUUACAGUCUGCUUCGUCUGCUGAGACUGCUUCUCAGGUUAGCGUAUAUGAAAAAUUUACAUAUGUGAAUAGUGAAGGAAAGAAAGUUACAGAUUGGGCAGCAGCAUCAGCUUAUGCUGAUCAGGUACAAAGAGAAAUGUGGGACAAAUUACCACCUAUUGUGAAAAACUUUUAUAACGAGGAUCCUACAAUUGCUGUAAUGCCUCCAAAUGAGGUUGCUUAUUGGCGCCUGUGUAACUUUGAUAUUAAAGUAACAAGAAUACCAGAAAACUGGGAAGCAGAAGCAAUACCAAAUCCAGUGUUGACAUUUGAGCAAGCAUUUAAAGAUUAUCCAGAAAUACUUGAUGAAAUACGUAAACAACAAUUUACAAAACCUUCUCCAAUACAGAGCCAAGCUUGGCCUGUUUUACUAAAAGGAGAAGACAUGAUAGGCAUUGCACAAACAGGAACUGGCAAAACUUUAGCUUUCUUGUUGCCUGCUUUAAUUCAUAUUGAAGGGCAGCCAACACCUCGAGAAAAGAGACCGGGGCCAACUGUACUUAUUCUAGCUCCAACAAGAGAAUUAGCUAUACAAAUUCAGAGAGAAGUCAACAAAUAUCAUUACAAAGGCAUUAAUAGUGUAUGCAUAUAUGGGGGUGCAGAUCGCCGUGAACAGAUUGACAGUAUCUCAAAGGGGGUGGAUAUUGUUAUUGCAACGCCAGGCAGAUUAAUUGAUUUGAUCAAAGCAAACCAUAUAGAUACUGCCCACUUCUCCUAUAUAGUAUUAGACGAGGCAGAUCGAAUGCUAGACAUGGGCUUUGGACCACAGAUCAAUGUUUGUUUCUUGAAUGUGAGACCUGAACACCAAUGUGUCAUGACAUCUGCCACCUGGCCUUCUGCUGUCCGCCAACUGGCUGACAAGUAUAUGCACAAUCCGAUUUAUAUAAAUGUUGGGUCCAUGGACUUGGCAGCAGUGCACACUGUUACCCAAAAAGUAAUGGUUGUUAUGGAGGAAGAAAAAGAUACUAUUCUGCUGGACUUUAUACGUAAUAUGGAUCCGACAGAUAAGGUUCUGAUUUUUUGUGCCAAAAAAAAUACAGCUGCUGACGUCACUGCAAAUUUGGCGUGUAAGGGAUACUACUGUGAAUCCUUGCAUGGUGAUAGGGAUCAGAGUGACAGAGAAGCAGCUUUAGAAGAUAUAAUGAAUGGAACAGUCAACAUAUUAGUUGCCACAGAUGUUGCUUCCCGGGGGAUUGACAUAAAAGACUUAACUCAUGUUAUAAACCUAGACUUUCCAUUGAAAAUUGAGGAGUAUGUUCAUAGAAUUGGAAGAACAGGAAGGGCCGGUAAGACAGGGAUUGCAUUAUCUUUAGUGACAAAAUAUGAUUGGGCAAAUGCCGGUGAAUUGAUAAAAAUUUUAGAAGAAGCUCACCAAGAGGUUCCCAGUGAGUUAAGAGAAAUGGCUGACCGGUUUGAAGCCAAAAAGUCAACAAGUAAACAUGGUCGAGGUGGGCGUGGUAGAGGAAGAAGACCACAGUGGUGAAGUGUAUUAAAAAGUAUUAUAAUUUUUUAUAUUAUGUUUAACAUAAUUAGGCAUAGUUUUAUUAUUUAAGUUUUUUCUUUUUAUAUAGUUUUUUCUCUUGUUCCAGAAGUAUUUGUUUAUUUUUUCUUUUAUAUUUCUGGUUUUAAAAUUUAGUGUUUAAUUUUAUCUGUGAUGGCUUACAAAUUUUUUUAGGAAUGAAAUUUGAAAGUUUUAAUUAAAAAAAAUAUGUCUAUUGAAAGAUGUCCAUAUAAUGGCCAUAAUAGUUUUUUAGAUAAGAAAUUCCCACCACAUGUUAUUAAGUACUCUUAGGCUAAAAUAAGGUAUAGAAAUCUCAUGUGAGAAGUAUUUUUAUAGUUAUUUUUUGAUCUCUGUAACUAGUAUAGAUUUUUUAAAUAAAUGAAGUUUUGCAUGCUG